GCUUCGCUCGUCUGGGGACGCCGCAGGCCGGGGAGGUGGUGCCAUCGCGCGACGGCCUGGCGAGGUUGUGACGUCAGGCACGUCGGGGCGCCGAUUGGCCGGGCGAUGUGGUGCGGACUGGCGCCGGCGAGGGCGAUUGGCUGCGUGGCCCGGGGGUGGGGCCAGUGGGCGGUGCGCGCCGCGGACAACGCUGGAAGUCGGCGCGCUAGGGAGUCGGUGGUUGUCCGUGUCCGGAGAACGCUCAGUGUUCUAGGACAGAUCAGACAUUUUGUAAUGAUGCCUGAAAUAAACACUGACCACCUCGACGAGCAACAGGUUCAACUCCUGGCAGAGAUGUGUAUACUUAUUGAUGAAAAUGACAAUAAAAUUGGGGCUGAGACCAAGAAGAAUUGUCACCUGAAUGAGAACAUUGACAAAGGAUUAUUGCAUCGAGCUUUUAGUGUCUUCUUAUUCAACACUGAAAAUAAGCUUCUGCUACAGCAAAGAUCAGAUGCUAAGAUUACCUUUCCAGGUUGUUUCACUAAUACUUGUUGUAGUCAUCCAUUAAGUAAUCCAGAUGAGCUUGAGGAAAAUGACGCCCUUGGAGUGAAGCGAGCAGCGCAGAGGCGGCUGAAAGCUGAGCUGGGAAUUCCCUUGGAACAGGUUCCUCCAGAAGAAAUUAAUUAUUUAACACGAAUUUACUACAAAGCUCAGUCAGAUGGUAUCUGGGGUGAACAUGAAAUUGAUUACAUUUUGUUUGUGAGAAAGAAUGUAACUUUGAAUCCUGAUCCCAAUGAGAUUAAAAGCUAUUGUUAUGUGUCAAAGGAAGAACUAAAGGAACUUCUGAAAAAAGCAGCCAAUGGUGAAAUCAAGAUAACGCCAUGGUUUCAAAUUAUUGCAGAGACUUUUCUCUUCAAAUGGUGGGAUAACUUAAAUCAUUUGAAUCAGUUUGUUGACCGUGAGAAAAUACACAGAAUGUGAACAUGUAGGUGAAUGAAUACUGAAAAAUUUCUCUAUUUAACAAACUUAGAAUUACUUUUUCAGUUCAAAUUUAGUUCACUAUCAUCAGUGUAAUAUAUACGCUGACACUUUAUAACUUGUGUAGAAAAAAACUAACAAUUUUGUAUCACACACCCUGGAUAUGUGUUCUGUUUCUAAAUGACAUUUGUGAGAGAUUAUUGUAAAAUGAGAGAGAUCAAAUAAAAAUUUAAUCUGGGCCGGGCACGGUGGCUCAAGCCUGUAA